AUGGAGUCGGCAAGCCGGCGUCACGGGUUGACCUGUUCCAAUUGCAACACGUCGACGACUUCCCUUUGGAGGCGAAAUACUCUCGGAGAGCCUGUCUGCAAUGCAUGUGGACUCUAUUACAAACUCCACGGUGUCCAUCGACCCUUGGCCAUGAAGAAGGACAGCAUCCAGGUCGGCAACGAUAGCUCUUCUGUUAAUCCAUGUGAGCAGCUCUCGAUGAUGUGCCUAAAUGGAGGAUUCUCCUUGUCCAAUCCAUAUAGACUCGGAAGAGGAAACCACGUGGGAAGAACGAUCAGGGUGAAUCCAAAUCGAGGACAUCGUCCACGUCUUCUUCUUCGUCUCAGGAGAAAUCGCCUCACGUUGGCCACCUUCCUAAAAUGGGAAUGUUGUCGGAGAGAGAACCACUUACGCCUGGAUGUUGCUCUUUGUCCAGAAUCGAGAUUGGGGGGAACGUGCGAGAGGUCCUCAUCCUCCUAUCACGACGCUCUCGUAGAUCCCAGUGGUGGUCAUCAUAAUCACCAUCAUCCACAUAAACAACACCUCCAUCAGCAAUCAUCUUACGCUUCGGAUCAGGGUGCAGGAUUCUUUAACCGGCCCAAUUUGGCGAAACAAGAGGAAUUCUCUCACACUCUCCCCCACAUCGUCGUCAGCACGAUCUUCAAUCCCAACGACAAGGAAUCCGUCCCUGCCUGA